UAUUUUCGCAAUUUGAUCUAUUGGAAUUUAUAACCAAAGAGGCAAUCUAUUUCUAAUACGGAUUUUCGUAUAUAAAAAAGAAACAUUAUUAUAAACUCAUUUGUAUUUGUUUGAAAGUGAUAAAAUAUCAGGUUUUACUGAAUUUUUUUUAGUAAAAUAUACAACAAAAAAUCUGCUACUCGUCACCACACCAAAUUUACCCAAUAAAAUUUGUUGUAGUUUUUUCUCUUCUUUUCACGUGUGUUGUUGAUCGGAAAUACUUGGGCCCAACACUUCUUAAUCUAUUUCUAAAUAUGGGAAAACGGAAGAACCAACCUUUAAUUGAUUCCGAUUCGGAUAGUAAUAAUGACUCAGACUUAGAAUCGGAACUUUUAUCUUUGGCAAAAAAAAAGAAGAAACCUUUCACAAGCGAAAAAGGAAAAAUGAAUAAACAUCAUAUGUCAGCAUCCGACUCUGAUUCUGACUGGGGGGAAAAGAAAAAUAAGAAUGAGGAAGCGAAUGAAAAACUUCAAAAUGAAUCUGAUGACGAUGAAAAGUCUGAAUUGGAGGAAGGCCAAGUUUCUUCAGAUGAAAGCUCAGACAGUUCAAACUCCGAGUUUAAUGAUGGUUUUGACGAAAAUCUUAUGGGUGAUGAGGAAGAUCAAGCUCGGCUUCAUGCAUUAUCAGAAAAAGAACGUGAAACGGAGAUUUUUAAGCGAAGUGAAAGGCGAGAUGCUCUUCGUCGACGAUGGGAAAUAGAACAAAAAUUAAGACAAGCAAAACGAGCGGAACGUGCCAAAGACAAGUCGAAAGCACCAAAAGACAAAAAGAAAAAGGAAGAGAAGAGAAAAAUCCGCGAACAAGAAAAAGCAUCUAUACACGCCAAAACUGUUAUAGAAAAGGUAACGGAAGCUGUCGUCAUAAGUUCGGUUGCAUCGUCAUUAUCACCUUCCUAUGAUAAAGAUGAUUCAAUAGUAACCAGUUCAACAGCAACUGAAUACUUUGAUCCUAAAGAACGAUCCAAAGAACGAAAGAAGAAUGUUGAAAUGAAUCGAACUGACGAUAAAAGAAGUAAUGCUAUGGCUGCAUUAAAAGCAAAACGAGAAGGAAAACAGAGAAGAGAAGAAGAAGAAGCCAAAAGGCAAGCAGAACGUGAAGGAAAUGAAGAUUUGGAAACUGGUGUUGCUGGUGGAAAAACGUCAAUAAAAUUGAAAGCAUCUGAUAUUUAUUCGGACGACAGCGGAAGUGAAAGUGAGGACAAACGUUCUGGGAAACGAUCAUCCAGUAGUAGCCGUUCAUCGAGUGAUUCGGAGGAGGAAAAUUCUGCGAAGGCAGUAGUUGCCAAAAAAGUUGCAUAUAUAACAUCAAAAGAUGAGUUAAACAAGCUACGUAUUUCGCGGCAUAAGAUGGAACGAUUUAUAACUUUACCUUUUUUUGAUCGACUCGUGACCAAUUGUUUUGUACGUGUGACGAUUGGAAAUAAUAACUUGAACAAUCAACCAGUUUAUAGGUGUGCUGAGAUUAUAGACGUUGUAGAGACUGCGAAAAUAUACUCGUUAGGUAAACAUAGAACAAAUAAAGGCUUACGACUACGUCAUGGAUCUGCAGAUCGUGUUUUCCGCUUGGAAUUUAUUUCAAACCAAGAUUUUUCGGAUUCCGAAUUUAAUAAAUGGAAGGAAGUGUGCAUGAAUGCCAAUAUUAAAAUACCAACUGUGGAUCUAAUUGAACGCAAAAUGCAAGAAAUAAAAGAAGCUUUGGUUUACGAGUUCAAGGAUGAGGAUGUACAAAAAAUCAUCGAAGAAAAGAAUCGUUUCCGAAAGCAUCCUACGAAUUAUGCAAUGAAAAAAACUUGUCUCAUGAAAGAACGAUAUGCAGCUGUAUUACGAGGUGAAGACGAUUUAGCUCGAGAUUUAACUAUACAAAUAGAAGAACUAGAAGAACGAGCAAGCGAACUUGAUAAGAAACGUUCUAGUAGUAUUAGCUUGAUUUCUUACAUUAAUGACCGAAAUCGGAAAAGAAAUGUUGAGGAAGCAGAAAAAGCAAUUAAAGAAGAAUUGAAGGCCAACAAAGGCAUGAAAAUUGAUGAUCCAUUCACACGUCGUUCGACUAAACCAACAAUGAAAUUUAAGCAACGCACUGCUGAGGAAGAAGCAAUGCUAAUGCAACCAGUACCACCCCCACCAAGCCGAUCAAACAAAAAAGAGGAAGAUGAAAAAAAACAAUUGGGACCAGCUGAUAACAACCUUUAUUCCUUGCACGAUUUCGAAAUCGAUCUUGAGGUUACAAUGCCAAAUACGUCAACAACCCAUAUUUUGCCGAAACCAAUCAUUUCGAAAGUAAACGAUUCUGCACCAAAGCGAUCACUCAAUUUAGAGGACUACAAAAAGAAGCGCGGACUCAUAUAAUAAAUUCGUGGUUAAAUAAUAAUCAGAAACAUAUAUGCUAUUUUUAUCGCUCUCUGAAAACUAAAUGAUGUUGUAAUGCUUAGAUUAAACAAUUUUAUUCGAUAAGUACUUCAAAUUGACGAGAUGUACAUUUAAGCUACAAAAAUGUACGAAUGACACGAAAAUGUAUGAAUGAUUUUAAUCAGCUGGAAAUAUUUUUAUUGAAUAUGAAACCGUAAAAAAUCUGUUUAGUAGUGCAUAGUAUUUA